GGGGGCAGCGGCGGCGGCGGAGCUGCGGGACGGGAGCGGGGCCGUCACGGGAGAUCACUCUGGUCCCCAGCUCUCCAUGCUGACAUGGUAACGGAACGGCGGCUCUCAGCGGCGGGCAGGCAGGGACAGCUGCAGAGAGGCUAGUGCAACUGGCAGGGUCCAUCUCGGAUAGAUGCGGAUGAUGCCAGAGCUAUGACAGGGAUUGCAGUCCUGGCACUGAGGGGUGAUCAGUUAUGGAACAACUACAGGAGGAAGUACCUGAGGUCAGGGAAGAGGAGGAGGAAGAGGAAGAGGCAGUGACAGUGCCUAGCGGAGCCUCGGACCCAAGUGUAGGACCAGACAGCUCACUGCCCUCGAGCAGCUACACCGACCUUUCACAGAGCUCCUCUCCCUCCCUGUCAGACCAACUGCAGAUGGGCUGUGAGGAGACGGCCUCGGGGGCGCUGAACGUGGAGUGCAGAGUCUGUGGAGACAAAGCCUCGGGCUUCCACUAUGGUGUGCACGCCUGCGAGGGCUGCAAGGGUUUCUUCCGCCGGACGAUCCGCAUGAAGCUGGAAUAUGAAAAGUGUGAGAGAAGCUGCAAGAUUCAGAAGAAGAACCGGAAUAAGUGCCAGUACUGCCGCUUCCAGAAAUGCCUCUCGUUGGGCAUGUCACAUAAUGCGAUCCGCUUUGGCCGCAUGCCGGAAGCAGAGAAGAGGAAGCUGGUAGCUGGGCUGACGGCAAGUGAGAUCAGCUGCCAGAACCCACAGGUGGCCGACCUGAAAGCUUUCUCCAAGCACAUCUACCAUGCCUACCUGAAAAACUUCAACAUGACCAAAAAGAAAGCGAGAGGUAUCUUGACCGGGAAGGCCAGCAGCACCCCACAGCCUUUUGUGAUCCAUGACAUGGACACCCUGUGGCAAGCAGAAAAGGGGCUGGUCUGGAAACAGCUGGUGAAUGGGAUCCCCCCCUACAAGGAGAUUGGCGUGCACGUCUUCUACCGCUGCCAGUGCACCACUGUAGAAACUGUGCGGGAGCUCACCGAGUUCGCCAAGAGCAUCCCCAGCUUCAUAGGCCUCUACUUGAAUGACCAAGUGACUCUGCUGAAGUAUGGGGUGCACGAGGCCAUCUUUGCCAUGCUGGCCUCUAUCAUGAACAAGGAUGGGCUGCUGGUGGCCAACGGGAAUGGCUUCGUGACCCGCGAGUUCCUGCGUAGCUUGCGCAAGCCCUUCAAUGAGAUCAUGGAGCCCAAGUUUGAGUUUGCUGUGAAGUUCAAUGCACUGGAGCUGGAUGACAGCGACCUGUCUCUGUUUGUGGCUGCCAUUAUCCUGUGCGGAGACCGUCCCGGCCUGAUGAACGUGAAGCAGGUGGAGGAGAUCCAAGACAACAUCCUCCGAGCGCUGGAGUUCCACCUGCAGUCCAACCACCCGGACGCCCAGUACCUCUUCCCCAAGCUGCUGCAGAAGAUGGCUGACCUGCGGCAGCUGGUGACAGAGCACGCCCAGCUGGUGCAGAAGAUCAAGAAGACAGAGACAGAGACCUCCCUGCACCCUCUCCUGCAGGAGAUCUACAAGGACAUGUACUAAGGACCUCUUAUUUAUGAGAAUGAAGCCAUGGAUUCCAAGCGAGACUCUUUGUACAAAAACAAAGAAAACCUUUCCCCAUGUCUUCCAUUUCUUCUACUGGAAACUCUUUUCUACAUGACUCCAAUGUACGGUACAUAGGGCAAGGCGCCGGAAGGUUUUGCAGUCACCUCCUGGUAGCUUGAGACUUCCAUUGACACACUAAUGAAUUUACUAAGGCAAAUCAUAAGCUACUGUUUCCAUUUCCUGUGGGGCCUCCAGAGCAGCCGGGUGGUUUGCAUGGCAUGGACAGGGGAUUCCUGCAGCAGCUUGGGGCUAGUGGGGGCUGCUCUGGUUGUUGAGAGCCCCCAGCGUGGUGUGGUUUCCCCGUGGGCAGCAGCAGCACUUGGGGUGUGUCUGUCAUAUUGCACUCUGAAGAUGUAGUCCUGAGCUGUGAAGUUUAGGACAGUGGCACAAAAGGAAGUAUUUCUCUUCCCCAAGGAAAAGCUGGCGUAUUUGAAGACGUGUAUGGCUGUCCUAGCAAAGAGCCUUGGCUGCAGCCCCCCUCUCUGUGCUCCCAGUGCCUCCACUUCAGAGGAACCUGUCCCUUAGCACCUCUGUAUCAAAGAGGGGAGGGAAGGGGUUGACUCAAGAAUUCACCUUCGGAGCUGAGGCCCGUGAUCCUUUUGCUUCCCCAGGCAGUUCUGUGCAGAUAGGAGUUCCAGAAAGGUCUGCGCAGGGCAGGUUUGGGAUGAGGUGGCUGUGCAAGCUCCCUGCAAGCACCAGAGCAAGCAAAGCCUUCAGCAACACCAGCAUGGGGAAAGUCACGGUCAGCCCACAGAGCCCAGGGUGCUGACAGGGUGUUUGUGGGGCUGUGGGGAGGAAGCACAUCACGGGCUGGAAGGUUCUGCAGAAGAGAUCUGGUGAUCCACGGCACCAGCAGAGCAGCCCUGAUGGGGGAACAGCAGCACUGGGGAGCGCAGGAGAUUGCUGCACCCCAACCUGGUGUUGCUGCCACCAAAGUGUGCGUGGCCUUCGCCCCUCUGCUUAAGGCUGUGCCUCAGUUUCCCCCUCCAGGAAAGGGAGCCAGGCUGCCCUUUGCUCAGAAGGGGAAAAUGAAAAUCAAUCAGUGUACUGGUUGCAAAGAGCUUUGCAGCUGUAAAACACAAUAUAAACACCAACUAUUCUUUAGGGGGAGGGAUGCUUCCCCUGUCCUGUUCCAGCCAUACCCUGAGCUUGGGGACAGCUUUGGGUUCUGGCCUUCCCCUCCAUGCUGCUGGGCUGGCAAUCCCACACCUGCUGCUGCCCUCUGCCUCCUCACUGUGCCUCAGUUUCCCCACCCUUACCUCCCAGCCGUACCUUGCAGGGCUGUUAAGGAGUUACCAUUUCUAAAGCACUUUGAAGUCCUCUGGGGAAGGCACCAGAGGUGUGUGCUGCUCCCAGCAUGGGGGUCUGUCCCCAAAGCCCCCUCUGGCUCCCAAAGCUCGGUGGCACCCCCAGGGCAUGUGGACCCCUGCGUUGGUCACCUGGGGAACUUUUUGCUCUUCCCCUCAGUGUAACAACCCUCAAACUGAAAUGUAUAUUUUUGCUAGAAGUACAAACCUCCAGGUGUUUUUAAUAAUAUAAAUAGUGUCUGCAAACUGAUGACUUUAAAUAAAUCUGAACUAAAUAUUUAA